AUGACCACUGCCGCAGGCGCGACGCCUCUGCUGGAGCCUCAAGACAGCCCGUUGCUCAUCCUGAUAGAUGGGCACGCGCUGGUGCACCGCGCACAUCAUGCCAUGCGCGACCCGCUGACGGUGCAGGGCACGGGCGAGGUGGUGUCCGGAGUGUAUGGCUUUUUGAACAUGUUCCUGCGGGCUAUCGAGGAGUGGAAGCCUACGCACUGCAUAGUCACUUUCGAUGUGUCUGCGCCGACUUUCAGGCAUGAGGCGUUCAAGGAGUAUAAGGCGCACCGACCACCUACGCCGCCGGAACUGCGAGACCAGUUGGGCGCGUUGAAGCAGUUCAUGGAGGCGUUCAAUGUGCCAGUGUUGAGAUGGCGGGGUUCGAGGCGGACGACAUUCUCGGAACGCUUGGGCGCAGGCGAGGGGGAGCACUAG